CAGAAGGCAGGGCUGUCAGUGCGCGUCCAGCCAGGACCCUCGACAGAGUGCUUCGGUGCUAUGGCCGCCCCUGCGCAGCUGCAGGCUCUUCUCAAGGCUGUCAACACUCUGCUGCGCAAGCGCCGCUACCAUGCUGUGUUGGCCUUGCUUAAGGGCUUCCGGAACGGGGCUGUCUAUGGAGUCAAAAUCCGGGCACCUCACGCACUGGUCAUGACCUUUCUCUUCAGGAGUGGCAGUCUCCAAGAGAAACUGCAGGCCGUCCUGAAAGCCACAUACACCCACUCUUGGAACCUGGCCUGCUUCGUGUUCACCUAUAAGAGCCUCUGUGCACUCCAGUCGCAUGUGCAAGGCGAGACCCGCCAGAUGCACUCUUUCCUGGCCGCCUUCCUCGGGGGCCUGCUGGUGUUCGGGAAGAACAACAACGUCAAUAGCCAGAUCAACAUGUACCUGUUGUCACGCCUCCUGUUUGCCUUGUGCCGCCUUGGCGUGGAGAAGGGCUACGUCCCUAAACUCAGGUGGGACCCAUUCCCCUUGCACACAGCGGUGAUUUGGGGGCUUGUGCUCUGGCUGUUCGAGUAUCACCGGUCCACGCUACAGCCCUCCCUACAGUCCUCCAUGACCUACCUCUACGAGGACAGCAACAUUUGGCACGACAUCUCUGAUUUCCUCAUCUUCAACAAGAGCAGCCCCUCCAAGUAACACAGCCCGAGGCACUAAAGGAACUCCUCUUUGCAGACAGCUUCUGCAGUGUCCAGCCACUGCCCAGAGUAUGGUUCUAUUGACACACCCCCCUGGAGGAUCCUGCCUUCUCAAAGCCCUGGGCCUCACACUCCAACUUGUUUGAUCCCAACCAGGGUUCCAUUUCUGAAACAACAGCCCCGAGUUUCCACCCGCCAGGUACUUUUGGAUAGCGCAUAUAGCAAGGGGCAUGCUAAGGAGUCUGGGGCUGACUCCCGAUGCUAUUCCGACUCCAGUAAGGCCAGGGAAAGCGUCACCUUCUCUGGGCCUCAGACCGUUCAACACGGGGUGGGGGAGAGUUUCUUCCUGGUAGGUAUGAUAACCCUUCUCUGUGCUGUGUAUCAGAGGGCUCUUUGCUAGUGGGCUACAGUUACAGAUACCUUGGGAGGGGGACUAAACCCUUUGUCUAAGGUGUGCCAUUGGGGAGUUCCAGAGCCCCAUUGUCCAAUAGGAACACAACAUGAGCCUUAUGUGCAGUUACAGUUUUUCAAGAGUAGAGGGAUAGCUUAGAGGGACAGCACUUGCUAAGCUUGUGUGAGACCCUGGAUCCUAUCCCCAGCACUGAGAAUAAAACCUCUAGUGGCCACAUUUUCAUAAAGUAUUAAGAAGACUGCAGCAGUAGGUUGUGAGUUCCAGGCAAGCCUGGGGUACAUAAGAAAACUCUGUCUCAAAAAAUGGAGGGCUGGCUGGGCGGUGGUGGCGCACGCCUUUAAUCCCAGCACUUGGGAGGCAGAGGCAGGCUGAUCUCUGUGAGUUUGAGGCCAGCCUGGUCUACAAGAGCUAGUUCCAGGACAGGAACCAAAAGCUACGGAGAAACCCUGUCUCGAAAAUCAAAAAAAAAAAAAAAAAAUGGAGGGCUGAGGCAAUGGCUCAGUGAGUAAAGGCGCUUGCUGCCAAGCCUAGCGAUCUUAGUUUGAGGCCUGUGUUCCUCAUGGUGGCAUAGUGGGAAGAGGGGAAGAAAGAACCAGCUCCUGCAAGUUGUCCUCUGACUGCCACAUGUGUGCCUUGACAUUAUGUGUGCAUGCACACACACAUGCACAUACACAAUAAAUAAAAUGUAGUAAAAAUUUAAUAACAUGUAAAAUAAAUCUUAACAAUAUA